AUUCUAUCUAUAACGCGUCUUUUGUGCUUGAACACACCUCGGAAUAGGGCGAGAUCUUUUAUGUGAAUGUCACAACCCGUAAUAAGUGUACGGCCUUAGCUCGGAAUGGCCAAAGCUCUGGUAUUGAUUCGAAUCAUUGAGCAAGUCGACUCGAUUCAGCUAGCUCAAGCUGGGAGGCUAAGCUCGGCUAGGCUAGGCUAGGCUAGGCUAGGCUCGGCUCGCCCUUCCUCCGGAUAACGACCAAGGUAUAUUCGGUGUUCCUAGCAAUAGCAGUCCGUAGCGAUCUAUUCUUACCAAAACGAGCGACAAAUAGAGAGACUCGAGUUUUGUGGGAGAGAGAGAAAGAGGGAGAGACAGAUGGAUUUGGAGGCAGUGGGAGACCUGGCCUUGCACAUUAUCCUGUCGAAGUUAGGUGCCAAAUACACUGCCGUAACGGCUUGCGUCAGCAAGAAGCUGAGGUCUUUUGCCUCGGAGGAUUCCCUUUGGUUCAAGUUCUGCUCCCAAGAUAUUGAUCUCAAUCAGCCUAUUGACCCUCUCGGAAACCCUACCCCUUCUUUCAAGGCGUCUUAUCAAAUAUGGCGGGAAGCUUUCAGUAUGUAUCCUUGGCUGCUGGUCAUACGAGUUAAAAGAUGUUGGGGGAGACUUAACAACUGGUUAGACAUUAAUUUUCCAGAGGCUAAGGCUACACUUCGCACGGGUGUAUCGGAAGCUGAUAUUCAGGAGUUUGAGAGGAUCUUGAAAGUAAAAUUGCCUCUUCCCACAAGGAUCCUUUAUCGUUUUUGUGAUGGCCAAGAAUUUACUUCCAGAUCUAUGGUAAGUGCACAUGGAAGUUCAUUGGGCCUCAUAGGUGGCUAUUCUUUUUAUCACCACAUUAUAAAUGUGUAUUUGUUACCUUUAAAUGAGGUGAUUUCCAAUACAAAGGUAAUUUUGCGUCACCCAAGUUUCUCCAGCAGAUCAAAGUAUAUUGUUGUGGCUGCUUCUUCCACAUAUGUUGAAAAGUUCUUUUUCCUCAACUGUACCACUGGUCAACUCCAUGUUGGUACUGAAAAUCUUCCAAUUGAUGGAGAAAUGCUUCCAUGCGUGCCAAAUGCACUGAUAAAUUCAGUGCACGAUUUCAAUGAUGAUCAACAGCAGGAUGCUAUGCUGUUAUGGUUAGAAGAACAUGGUCGUCGCUUAGAAAAUGGUGUCAUUAAACUCCAUGAAGAGGGUGGUAUCAGAAGCAUCAGUUUGUUUCCAGAGGAACCUCCAUUCUGUUCCACUGCUGUAACCAAUGGGGUUAAAGUUCGUGCAUCUGCUGUGUUUAUUCCGGAGUUAACUGAUCUUCAAAUUGAUCAUCAGAAUUAUGCAUUUUCUUAUUCAAUCCGCAUGUCUCUUCUGCCCGAAGGAUGCAUCAUUCAUGGAGUACCCUUUAGUUCAUGUCAACUGCAUCGGAGGCACUGGAUCAUCCGUGCUAAUGACCAUAUAGUAUCUGAUGUUAAUGCUGAAGCAGUAAUAGGAAAGUUUCCACUUUUGCUUCCAGGUGCGAAAGAAUUUGUUUAUGAGAGUUGUGCACCUCUACCGACUUCUUCGGGUUCCAUAGAGGGCUCUUUCACAUUUGUCCCUGGCAGAUUAACUGACCCAAAAGGUGCUCCAUUUGAAGCUGAAGUGGCAAGGGUUCCUCUCCAGUUGCCAGACUACAUUUUCUGAGUGGCAAAUCCAUCUCAAUAAUGUAUAAAGUUUUCUUUGUCGAUAGCUGUGUCGAAAUUUUUUGCAUUUCUUGGAUGUUGCCUGUAAUAUAGUGUCGUGAUUUCCCCGACUAUAUUUCAAAGCUCAUAAAUCCGGUGCGAGUAACCCAUGUUCCGACCAAACAUGAAUCUACCAAACUUCGGCCUAGCUUGUCUCAACGCAAUACAAGAUAUUGUCUUUUAUUUCA